AUGAUCUGGCUUACGAUAUCUUCACUAAUUUUUUCCUCUGCCUUCGCUAUAAUAGGCGACAACUCUAUCAUAGAGAAGCCAGUGGUUCAAUGCAACGAAGACUCUAUCACCUUCACGAUACGAACAACGAGCCCGUUCCGAGGUAGCAUUUACGCUCAAGAUCAGCAUGAAACGGAGACUUGCCGUCAUGUAUUUCAUGCUAACGAGAUCGGUCAAGCGACGUUUGAGGUGCGAAUUGGGGAGUGUGGGAUGAGGCGUAAGAGACAGCUCGAACCUUACGGAGUUACAUAUUCUAUGGUCUUGGUUACAACAUUUCAUCCGCAGUUCAUGACUAAGUUUGACAGAGUUUUCAAUGUGAAAUGCUUUUAUGAGCAUGCUGAUAAAAUGGUCAAUGCCAAUAUGGAUGUGAGGGGUAUUCCACCUGAAACACUAGAGGAAUCGAUAAAAAUCUUACCAGCAUGCCAAUAUACCAUUAGAGAAAAUAGUGUCGAUGGACAGACAGUUCGUGAUGUCCAAAUCGGAGCGAAUCUUGUGCAUCGCUGGGAGUGCAAUAACCCCCGAUUUGCAAUGCUCGUAAAAAACUGCUUUGUAACAGACGGAGCAUCAGUCCGAAUCAAGGUUAUAGAUGAACGAGGAUGUCCGUUGGCACUUGGUGUAGCUUCUAACCCGCUCAUUUACGAUCAUUCCUUAACAUUAGCAUAUACAACGAUUGAAGCUUUCAACUUCCCAGAUAGGAACAAAGUGUCGUUCCAGUGUCAGAUAUCAGUUUGCGAUCAAAAAGUACACGAUUGUAUAGGAAUCACACCACCCGUAUGCCCACGUCCAUCCAUAGGCGACUACCGACCUAAUUCGAUAACAAAUGCCGGAAUCAAUCCCACACAAGUUGUUGCCACUUUCCAAGGCGCAGUGCGAUCCAACAAUAUUGGUGAUACUCAUUUUAUUGAUGGAACAAUAACACCUACAACAAUAAACGACAAUCGUCUCCCAUUGGGCCGUAUGGAUAAUAUGCAUUCCUGGCAGCGCGAACAGAAUAGCAUUGACUAUGAGGAAACAAAUGAAAUAAAGGAACCCACACUUCAAUUUGCUCAGCGACGAAACAGAAAUGUGACCAUGGUGCCACAAACAGAAUCAACUUCCAUGCAUUUCCAACCUCCAUCGACAUUGAACGAGGCAGUGACAGAGCCAUCAAAACCUCUAGAAGUUUUCGUGAAGAGUAGUUCUCCAAUGCCUACAACUCAAACGAUGGAAAAACAGAGAGAUUCUCGGCAAAGGAGGUUAGCAGAUGAGGUAAUGGAUGUUGAAUCCGAUACUAUUUAUGUUCGGUCAGCUAGUGACAUGUCUCCUAACUAUGCAGGAGCGUCCACGUUAAACAAUGCAUCAACACUGACAUGUUUGGACCAAACAGCCGUUGUUUCAAUAGCAGUGUUAUUUUCUGUGGCAACUCUACUAUCACUAUUGUUCAUCACCUAUCUAUGCAGGGAUAUGUUUAAAAUAUGCGGGCGAGAUCAGGAAAAACUUAGUGUCAACACUGUUUCCAGUAACGCGUCCGACAGCGGAAAUACAACUACACCUAUUUAUAUUCGACGCUUAGGCAACCCCAACUAUGUACUACCUUUUUAA